UAAACAGGUAGUGAAUCGGACUUCAGGAUGGCAUUAUUUGAAACAAACAGCUCCAGUUCCAAAAGUGUGUGUCCGCUGUGAGAAAAGUGGUUUACACAUUGAAAAACCCCAUCACAGAAAGUCAUCAACAGGAGCGAUAUGUCCUUGAAGUGAUGAUGUGGCUCAACAUAUGUGUCUGCCUUCCUUUGACUAUACUGAUCCUCUACUGUGUGUCUUAUAUGGUGCAGAAGAGUCAGGUCUCUAUCAUCUAUUACACAAAUCUCCUCAUCACCAAUCUAAUCCAGAUCUGUAUGAUGACCAUUUGGGUGACAAGAGUGGAAAGCAUCAUCACCAUCAUUAUUUAUUACUGUGUUAUGAUGGCCAACCUUUACUUCAGGAUGUGCAUUGCUCUGGAAAGGUAUUUUUCCAUCAUGCACCCACUGCUGGACUGUGUCAGACAACCGAAGAGUUCAGUGGUGGUCUGUGUUCUGGUCUGGGCAUUUUGUAUUGUCAGUGUCCCUCUUGUCAUAGUCUUACAAGAAUUUCAACAAUUACUUGUUUAUGCCAUUGUCCCUGCUCCUGUGUUCCUCUUCUGUUCAGCUCAGUCCUACGGAGCCCUGCCUGCUGCCACCUCAAUGUCCACUGAGGAAAAAAAGAGAAGUCUGGGAACUCUGACUCUGUUGUCCUUUAACUACUUUCUGGGAACCCUUCCCACAAUGAUCUUUGAUAUUCUAGUCAUGCAAACACUGCAGCAGAUGAAGAAGAUGAUGAUGAGUGUGGCUUAUUUUAGAACAGACGUGAGUCUUGAUGAAAACAGAGUCAAGAGAGAGAAACAAGGAUGCAAAUGGUUGAAGAGUUUCUGA